AUGUCCAAGGAUGGUGAGAGAAAGGGUCUAAUCAUGUCCAAGCUCGUUGUUUGUAUGAUCUGCCUUUUGUUGGCUAUACAACUGGCAUUUGCUCAAAAGAUGGGCUUUGAAACCGAGUCCAAUACUGCUCGUUUCCAAGGAGGUGUUUCAAAUCGACAAGUGACAGAAGUUACAUUCAAUGGACAACAGGGACAAGUAAGAUUGAGAAAGGGUGACUUGGUGGAUCAUGCCCCAGGAUAUCAACAUGGCCAAGUACCACUCGUUCAUCCAACUUUUGAAAUUAUUGAUCAAAACACACAUCCUGUGGAAUUUGUGAGCGAUCCGAUUCCUUUCGCAAGAGGUCUCAAUGACAUUUGUCGAGUCACUCAAGAUUUACAGCAAAUGCUCGACCAUGUUCGACAACAAGGAAACGAAAACAACAUUUUAGACAAUUAUUUCAGACAACGUGGUUUGAAUUUAGUCAAUGCAAACAAUGGAGCAGUUGAUCAGGCCUUACAAAUUACCUUUUCUUUCCCAAUUAACAAGGGAAUGUUUUCAUUGAGAGCCCUCUCUCGUUUCCUGGCAGCAAGACAAGCAGAACCAGCUCCACAAAAUCAACCUUCAUGGUUCAAAGCUGUUGAUUAUCCACUGUUUAGUCAUAUCAUCACAUUCAUUGAUACCGAUCAACACUUGAGUAAUUAUCCUGACAAUGUCAAGUUCUUCCUCUUUUUCAUGCUUCAGUACUUCUCAUUGGGAUCACAAGGCAAUUGUAAUGCUGGACCUUAUGCUAAACUCGUUUCAGGAAUGGUUCUUCUUCGUACGAACAUGUAUGAAUUUGUGAAUCAUGGUGGUCAACAAUCGGUUCGUAACUUGUUGCAAAAUCCACUGAACACUGUUGUGGAAGCCUAUGAGCGUUUCAGAGCUUACUUUAAUCCUAUUAGAGGAGCCACACCUCAACUUGGAGAAUGUGUUUCACAUCCUAACUGCAUUGGUAAAUGUUUUGGCCAAUCCGACACGUAUUACUUUGCCAAAAAGUAUGAAUUGAACACAAAUUUUCCAUUCUCGGCCAAUGAAUUUUUCCAAAACUUGUUCAGAAAUAAUGGAAGAGAUUUAUUCUCCACUAAUGGAGCUGUUUUCGACAAUGCAUUUGGAAGAUUUGGUGUCAAUGUGGGUGGUCAAGCUACUGUCAUUUAUGAAGUUCGUUUUGUGAAUGGUUUCUCUUAUAGUGGUUCACAACAAUCUGCCGCUGCUGUGCAAAGCAGAAUUCCAUCUUAUUUCAAUUUAGGAAAUGAAAUUAUGAAUCAAAAUAAUUUACAGCAAGUCGAUGUUGGAGUAAAGAUUUGCGAUCAUCAACAUCAAUUGGUUGCAUUGCAAGCUCCUCAACCACCACAAGCUCCUCAACAACAACAAGUUCACAACAUGAGACAAAACAGAAGAAUGGUUAAUGAUGCCAUCAAAGAUCAAAGACAUCAAAGAAGAAAUUCAAUGCCAAAUUUGGGAGGUGCUCCAAAGAAUCCAGCACCAACCAAAUACAAGGAAGUUGCGGCAACUGUUCUUUCUAAUGAUGAGCCUAACAAUAUUAGUAUUUUGAGAGAAGAAAGAAGAAAAGUUCGUGUUCAAAAAAGACUCGACCGAGAGUUAAGAAGAACAAAAGAAGGUCAAAAUAAUCUUUCUCAACAACCUUCUGAGGCUCAAAUAAGAAGAGAGGCAUUGAGAUUGGCAAGAGAAAAGAAGAGAUUGGCUCGUGAGGAAGAACGAGAUGUUGCAGCUGGUGUGAAACCUGUGACUGAACAAGAUUUGCAACAAAUUAUUCAACAACAGGAAGAAAAGAAGAAAGUACAAGUUCAGCAGACCAUGACACCUGAAAUCACUCAUCAAGUUGUGAAGAAUGGAAAUGGUGUUCAUGUUAAUAUCAAAUUGAGAUUAUAUGAUUAG